AUGGACUUCACAACCAUCCUGAACAGGAAAAACUCCGCAGCAGCCGCCGCCGCUGCCGAAGCGCAGUUACAACAACAGUACUUUCAACAGAGCGCACAGUUACACACCGGAGCUUCGCCCACCAUGAAGAGCGAAUCAGGUGGCUCGGACAACCCUGUCAACGCGUACCCUCCUCACGGCCCCCCGCCCAUGCAAAUGGAUGCCGGACUUGCCGAUUCAUUCUAUUAUGCACAGCCCACGGGUUCAGCCCCUCGAAACAUGGCCUAUGCCCCUGCGGGAUACGCUGGCGAUCCUCAGAUACAGCAGGAGCCUGUCCCACAGGGAAGGGCGGGAAUUGAACCUCCACCAAAGACUUUCCACUGCUCAACCUGCAACAAGGGAUUCGCACGGCGUAGCGACCUUGCUAGACAUGAACGUAUUCAUACCGGAGUCCGACCUCACGCUUGCGAGUGGCCAGGGUGUGGAAAGCAGUUCAUUCAACGCUCGGCUUUGACGGUACACUCCCGUGUACACACUGGAGAGAAGCCUCACAUGUGUGAGAGAUGUGGCAAGCCCUUUAGUGACUCGUCCUCGCUGGCUAGACAUCGCCGUAUCCACUCUGGCAAACGACCCUACAAAUGCCCGUACGCCAACUGCCAGAAGACCUUCACGCGCCGCACGACGUUGACACGGCACCAAAAUCACCACACUGGGACCAUCGAAGAAGCCGCGGCCGAAACAGAGGCCCAGUUGCGGCAAAACAAAGAUCGUGGACGCCCUGGCGAGGGAAUGUUUUCCGAGCACGCUUCCAUCCAUUCUACACCGUCACCCGCCCAACACCCGUCCAUGUCACCUGGCGGUGAGCUCCCGCCGCUGAAUAUGCACCGCUCUGCUGGCGACUACUACAUGGGCACCGGUCCUAUUCCGCCUCAUGAAGCCCCCCGGGCUUCCCCGACUGCAACCUCCCCUUCACUGUCCAGCUACGGCAGUGCACCCCACGCCCGGCCAUCCAUGACUUCGCAUCCCUACGCUCCGCCCCAACCUCUUGAACCCCCGGCCAACAGUGACCACCGUCCCAACAGCGUGAACGGCAGUCCUCACAUGGCUAGCCUUGGAUGGGCCUCUCCGUCUCAUGGUAGCAUGCCAUCGCCCGGAUCGGCCAAUGACUUCACUUAUCCUGAACCCACUGGCCCCGCGUACCCGACAUCGAUGCCGCAGCACAUGUACUUCCCCAACUCUACCAUUCGUCGACCUACCAGCACCGAGCCGGAGAACUACGAAAUGAAGCCCCGAGGUGACCACUCAUGGUCCACUGCUGUAUGA